AUGAGACUGAUCAUAUUGAAGUUUCUUGCUCUUCGACUGCUCUGCUUUGUCUGGUCUAUCGUUCCGGCAACAAGAGCUCAAGCCAGUAGGUACCUUUAUAUUACAGCGCAGUAGUAGCAUAAAAUCCUAACCCCACGGAAUUUCUGCAGUAAACGUACGUUAAACAAGUCGUCUUCACUGGCUUUCACUUUAAGACCAUGCAAUGAAAUAUACCCUCCAAUUGUUCACUGAGUAACACAAGAAGCAUUUCAUCCUUUGUCCUUCUUUUCUGAAUUAUAGUGCUGAACUUUAAUAUUAGCUGUUGCAUAUGUGUUCAGUGUUUCUUUAGUGUUGACAUUGAUAAUCAUACGGAUAUUAUGGCCUCUAAAUUUUUGGAUUUCCUUGACUCUCUUAAUUUGGUUUAACAUUUUUCUGGUCCAACUCACUGGGAUAAAUUACUUACUAUGCAAAUUACAGUGAAGAGUAAAUGACAGUUAUAUAUUUGUUUUGUCCUGGAACUUUUGUGCACUUUUUUCAAACCGGACAAUGUAAUGUUGGUAUCCACCCUACACCUGCAUUAAUCUGAGUGUGUUUCAUUUUCUUUUUUAGGCCCACCCCCUUGCACCCACCGUUAUGAUACGCUAUUUGACUUUGAGACUGCAUCAGAAGUGGCUUGUUUUCAAGGUUCUCCUGGAACCGUGACGCAAUCCGCUAAAACCACUAACCCAGUGACUGUCAAGCAUGGAAGCUAUUCUUUAAAAUGGGAACCUCGUAGUGGUUCUCUUAACCCAAACUUGAAACUAAAAUUUUCAUCAGGCUUAGAAAUUCCAACCAACUGGCUUAGAAAGGGAGGAGUAAAAGUCUGGUUUUACAAAGAACGGCCAUCACUAGGAAAAACCCUAAAAGUAGAUUUUAAAAAUUCUGGCAUUCUUGUCGCUACUUUCACGGCUCAUUUGGCCUUUGAAGGGUGGAGAGGAGUUUGGGUUAAGUUUCAAGAAUGCAAACUGACCAGUACUAGCUUGGAUAGACCGACUAAAGUCGAUGAGGUGAACUUUGUACUUAGGGAGGCCGAUACAAUUUACAUAGAUUUGCUCCAAUUUGUUAAGAGCAUGGCAAAACAAUCACGUGACAAAGUUGUUCCUCCCAUCAGUCCAUUUGGCCUGGAUCUGUAUGAUCCCAGUAGCACAUGGCAAAUGGCCUACAAGUGGAGCCAACAAACCAUUCCACCUUCACCUCCAACAAUUGACGUCUCUAAAAAAAUCAGUUUGGAAAUGAUCGAAAGCCGUCUGAACAACUGGUACUGCGAUGAGGCGAAAACUACUGUCAAAUUUCCAGCUGGUAGCUUCCUUGAAAGGCGAUGGAAUUCGCUGUCAGGACCUUUUAGGAGGGCACAUGAAGAUUAUGACGAUCUAGAUUUCGAUUCAAUGCAUAGGGUUAUUGGACCACCUCUCUUCUGCAGAGACUGUAGAUAUCCAAAGAAGUUUGGAGAGAUAAUGGAAAAAAUCCUCUUUCGUUUGUCGCUGGAAUAUUAUAUAAGGUCCCGGAUCCCAGAAAUAAGAGACACUGUCGCUGCCUAUCUGAAUGAUCUUAACACUCCAGCAGCCAAAGAGAGUGCGUGCAAAGCCAUUGCAGGUAGAGACAGAAAUAUGGUAAGAAAAUUUAAAAGCUACCUUCCUGCGUCUGGACCCAUUAGCUCAGAACAGGUAGAAAAUGCGAUAAAACAACUCAACAUUCACCGUCUAAACAAGAUUAACAACCUUCUAGAUUAUGUAAAACAACAAGGCCUUGCAGACGGAAGUGGUCUUGGAUGUUUAGACCACGAAUGGAAUAUAGAUGGUGCUGGAUUUAUGCACUCUUUGUUUCUUCUUAAAGACUCUCUGCGGAAACCAGAAAAUGAUGCUAGAUUGUUGGACUUGAUAAAGACAGCCAAAUGGUACAACGAUUUUGGAGAGAUUUAUCAAUCACCGACGUUUGAAAUCAAAGGAACGACUGCUGACCGCAUGAUCACGCUGAUGUUGUUUAGGUUGAUGAUUGUCCUGAUAAUGCCAAGUAAUACUGAUGACGAUUUCAAAGCCAAAAUUCGGGACAUGGAUGCUUUAGUUCGAUGGAUGAACAAUGCUCUGGCUGUGAACGAAGGUCUUGGAGGAGUCAUCAAACCUGACUUUGUUGGGCAUCACCAUAAAGCUUUUUAUGGAUCCGCUUACGUGCCGCAGGCGUUACAUACCGCAGCCUUGGUUCACUACCUUCUUGAAGGAACAGCAUUCGCUUUAUCAGCGUCGUCUGAAAACAACAUCAGGCGGGGACUUGAAACUAUCCGUAUCAUUGCAGUGAAGUAUUCCACACCAAACAGUGUUAACGGACGUAUGCCAAAUUAUGCUAACAAGUUAAUUCUAAAAGGUCUUUUACCUGCCUUCGCUUAUAUCAGCGUUUCACAUUCUCUUAUUGGGCCUUCAGAAAUAGCCGGUGGCUGCGUAGCUAGCGCCAAUAAACCGGAAAUGUUUUUGAGGUUAUAUAAGGAUCCAUCCGUCAACAGUUAUUUGGAAGAUGGAGGUCACAAAGGGAAGUACUAUUACAACAGUUUGGGCUCUCUGGACAUCAUGGAAGCGGUAAGUGCUAGCUCCUAUAUUUUGAAAUAGCUUUCGGCUCCCACAUUAAGGUUAACUAACUGCCCAGCAAAGUUCAAAGACUUUUCUUUCAUCCUCAUUCCGUCGUAUUUAGAAGCUGAAUGAAUAUGAUCUAAGUAUUUAUUUUGCACAAUACAUUCAGACUGUUGCUGGCUCAAAAAAGAGCAAAUGUUUGGGAAAAGUAAAAUAUAUCCUGUGGUCACGUGUUGAUGGACCUGUUCAGGCGACUAUAAUUCUACGAAAUAUCCACAUACAAAUCAAAUAUCCCGAAUUUCCCGAUAUUAAAUUUAUUGUUAUUUCUGCAAGAGCAAAGGGUAGGGUAGAGUAGUUUUGACAUGAUAUGUUUUAAUAUGCUCAUAUGAUCCAUCGAAUGUAGGUUGAAACCAUCGCGGAAAACAAAGGCAUUACUCCCGAGUCCUCCCCUGAAGGUCACUGGUCCAAGAAUUUUGCCGUUCUAUCCAUCCAUCGACGCAAAGAUUGGGCGGUAACAGUGAAGGGAUUUAAUAGUUUUCUCUGGGAUUUUGAGAAAGCAAAUGAUGAAAAUGUUUUUGGAAUGUUUGGUAGUCAUGGUGCUCUUCUGAUUGCCAACAGUGAAACAAACCUUGAAGUACAUGACGUUGAAAAUGGCUGGGAUUGGGCCAAGGUCCCUGGAGCAACAACUAUUGCUUUAGAAACUGACCCUUCCUCGGGUACAAAGAACUUUGACGACUUAAAAUUACCAAAGGGAAGGUUUUACAAUCCAAAAAACCUUGCUGGGGGUCUGACGUUUAAGGGUACAAGCACAUUGAAGAAUGGCGUUUUUGGCAUGGAUUUUGAACAGCCAACUUAUGAACUGGAGGCAGCAGAUUGGCGACACUCCGUAACUUUUGAAUUUAAAAAAUCAGUUUUCUUUUUUGAAAAUUUGCUGGUUUGCCUAGGAAGUGACAUUUCAGCAUCGAACACUGCUGGGAGAAUUGUUCAAACAACGCUCUUUCAAGACAAAAUUACAGGCGGGUUGUCCAUUAAGAUAAACGGUGCUGUAACGACAUCUGCUGCUGCAGUAAAUCCUUCAGUCCCAGGACGACUUUAUACAACACUCACUGACACCAAAGACAACUUUUACUACAUUCCAGAUGGCAGUAAAGGUUUAUUAAAAGUCCACGCUGCUAAUCAGGAUUCCUGGCUAGAGAGCGGAACACCAUCGAGCCCAACAACAGGGAUAUACGGUACUGCAUGGUUUGAUCACGGUGAUUCGCCCUCUGGAACCUCAUCUGAAUACGAGUACGCAGUCUUAAUUCCUACUACAUCAUAUGAUGCAACACCAAGUGACCUUACAACUGCCCAACAAUCUACAGGAUCGAAAGUUUACAAAGUUUUACAAAAGAAUGACGUUGCUCAUAUCGUGCAGUUUCAUAGGUCGACAAAGUCAUCUCCCACAUCCGCUCUCAGCCAUUUUAUCACUGGCUACGUCCUUUUCCCUUCAGCGGCACCAGUAUCACUUACUAGCCUUGGUCCAUUGGCGGAAGUCAACUCGGGAGAUUGCCUUAUCAUGGUCGAGGAAACUUCAAAGUUUAUUCACCUCAGCAUUAGCUCUCCAAGCUUAAAUCUUGCAAGGAAGUCAGGGGCAACUCCUUUGACCAAUUCUGAUGACGUGGGGCAAGCGGAGUUGUACCAGUCGUCAAGCAGAGAGCGUGAAAUUGGGGUUACCUUGAGAGAAAAGGUACAAAAAAGUUUCGUUUCCCUCCAAACUCACGGCAACCCUGAUAGUUACAAACCAAACGUAUGGGUGGAUACCAGUGGCUUAAAAGUCACCUUUCCAAAUCUCAAGAAUGGUUUCAGUGUUGAGGUUCAACUAAAGAAAUCACCAGUGCCGUGA